AGCUUGACACGCAGUCCAUUUGGCUGAUGUUGUUACCAGUUUUGAGAUGCUGCCAUUUCAAUCAUUCAUUCACCAGCCACAGAACACUGGUGCUCAAUGCAUGUCCAGUGACCUGUAAGAUUGGACUCAAAAGGGUUGUUUGUCCCCGCAUUAGUGACCCCCAGCCCAGACACGCUUUCCCAGAAACUGUGUGCUAUUAGCAUCAGAACAAUAGAGAGUUUCAUAAACAACACACUCUUCACUGAUAUAAUGACUGGCCAGACAUGGAAGGAAAUACUGGAAGUACUGUCAGAAAUUCAGGGGGGGGUUUUCAGGUUAACAGAUAAGGAAGCUUUAGACAUUGAAAAAUCUUUUCCUUUCUUAUGUUUUUAUUCUUUUUUAAAAAAGUUAGCAGUUAUAACAAUAGCAAGCUUAUUACUUAUUCAGGAUCUUUACCAGCGUUUUUUAAAACAGGGACAUACUUUAAUGUUUGAAUCGUUGUGGCACAAAAUAUUACUAAAUUGAGAAUUUCUCUACCUGCAUUGCAUUUUUGGAAAAAAGGGUUGAACUAACAAUAUGUUGGUUCAAUUAGACACUAUGCUACAACAUUUCCCUAUACAACCCUUUAAAAGCAGCAGCACAGUAUAUAAGCUACAAUUUUGUUCCUCUAUGACCACAGGGCAGAAAAUUACUGUUGAGUGAAAUUGUUGUGUGGUAAAUUCCUCCUUAACAGCUACUGUAUCACAAAGUCUUGCGCCUUCAUGUGAAUUUGAUCAAGCCUGAGAUAAAAUACAAAGACAAUAGAAAGUGUGCCACAAAGACCCCAAGUCUUUUGUUUGCUCUUUUGAGCUGUUUAAUAGUACAUGUAUGACUUCAAAUGCUCCCUGCAACUCCCUGUUUGCAUGUCUUGAAGAAGUCUGAAUGUUUUCAGGGGGAGUUAUUCUCCAACCCACGUCACAAAGAACCGUAGCCCUGCUGGUUUUUAUAUCCUACAAGGCAGUUAGGUCUAUUACCUUCUCCCUCCAUCCCAUGUGUAACUCGGUCCCUGAUAAGAUGGAAUGAAAACCAACUGGGCUGUGGUGCCCAAACUCGUGCUGAGGACCAAUUUUCUAACCCUGUUAAAGCCCUGUGGAGUUUAUACAAAGUUCAAAAGCUGCAGAGUACAGUAUGUGAUGUUUGCUGGGGCCUACGUAAAGGCUACACGAUGACACACUCUCAAUCACAGCUGUAAAGUACAACCUAUUAAAUGCAGCCUCAAGUGACGUCAUUCAGUUAUACAAAAACACACACAAAAAACAGACAAAAAUGGUUGUUUCUGUUCAUGAGAUUGUGAGAGUAAGCCAGAACUUAAGACAAAAACUCAGGUCGUCAGUUAGGGAGCAAAAAAAUAACAAAGAGGAAAUGUAGAGAAAGAAGGGGGGGCUGAUUGGAGUGUAACUGAAACAGCGAAAAAGAUGAUGUCAUGGAGUUGUCGUGCCAAAUAUGUUCCUUUAGUCAAGGGUCUCUCUCCUCUCAAGGAUCAGGUUUCAAGAUAAAUUUGAAGUGGGCCUGUUGGGGCUGAGUGUGUAGCUGAUCUCACCGUUUUUUAAAAUCCCUCAGGUCCGUAUCAAGGAAACAGAUGGAACCUGACCACUAGUUAUUACAACUCUUGAAUAAUUGAGAGGACUGUUGCAUAUUGUCUCUUAGAGAUGAGGUAGCUGAAGUACUGUUAUGAAAAGACUAAAUCAAAGUCUGUAUCCCCCCUUGUCAAGCACUUCUUCUACAAAGCCAUUAUAGAUGUUUGGAGUACUCUGUUAAUAUUCAUACGUACGACACUCAUGUCAAGCCAAGAGCUUUAUCUCAACUGUUAGCAGUCAAUCUGUUUUUGUAUUAAGAGUCCACUUCAUUCAACAUGAAGUAGGUUGGAUAAAUGAGUAGCCAACUAUUCUCCACAAGACUGAAGCACACCUAUCUUUUCUCUUUUUGUUUUAGUUUGCCUUUCCACUGGAGCCUCAGCAUCUUACCCUACUUACUAAUGCAGAGACUUUCUGAAUUAUUAAAGUGGGACAAUGAUGUAAUUAUUAUCAGUAGGACAGUGAAGUGGAGCUACGGUUCUCUAGGUCAGUGUUUUUGUAUUGUACUUAAAGGAUAGUGACAAAGGCAUUAGAUCAUUUUAGGUCUUUAAGUCUUUAGUUAAACCUUUGUCUGUGAGGUUGUAAAUAUGUCACAAAAUAAUCUAUUUUGACUAGGAUUUGUGUAAAAUGUAUGAAAAUAUAUGGUCUUAUCUAAUUACAUAACAAAACAUAAAAACCUUUACAUACAAACUGUACAUCUAGCUGAUAGAAUGCAUAAUGUAAGUAAAGUAUUAUAAGGGGCUCAAUCAUGUCACUGUGUGCUGAAACUAUUGUCUAUCUUUGACACAUCUGUGACUCAUUAUGAGAUGUCUCAUGACGCAAAGCAAUAGCUGACACCUCUGUGUCAGUAAAGGGCAUCAUAGCAUCAACCUGGACAUAUAUGGUUAAAAUUACUCAACAUCAAACCAUCUUGCAUUGAAGGAAGCUGACUCAAAAAGCAGAUGCAGUGCUUUCUCAUCAUAGGAGUUAGUUCCUGAGCUCCUGAGAAACAUUCAGGAACUGUGAGGGUUGUGUUUGUCUUGUCAGAACUUGAAGUGUAGCCUGUGUGUCCCAACAAAGUGGAAUGAGGAUGAAACAUUCAGACUUGUCCUGGUUGGUUCCUUUUUUCUUUUUCUUUUUUUACAGAGAAAAGCCCCGUCUACCUAAUAAUUGUCUGACUUGAUCUCAUUUUCGAAAAGGUUGUUUUCAAAAUGCUAACUCAAUAACAUCUAAAUGGUGCAAUCCCUCUUCUGUGGCUGUUUGAAGGGGUGUAGUUGGGGACAUGGGAAUUUAGAGACCUUUUAGAGUUAUUUCAGCAUUUGCACCAUUUGAUAUUUGGUGUUAAUGUUUCACUCUUUAUGGGGAAAAGUUUACACAUCAACUCAAGUGCUGUGACCGAAUAUUAAAGCUAAGGAGAGCUUGUGUUGUUAAGAAAUCUGCAUCAAAACACAACUUUAAAUGCAGUUUUCUAGUCUGACUAGUUGCAGAACCAUCUUUUAGGAGGGAUUGGUGCAUACGGAGGCUUGAGUCCUCCGACAGCAGCCACGGGUUUGGUUCCUACCCAGCCCUUUGCUGCGAGUCUUCUCCAUUUUCUCUCUCUCUCUCCAUUUCAAACUUAAUGUCCACUGUUCAAUCAAUAAAAUAAAGGUGGAAAAUGCCUAUAAAAUACUUCUAGAAGGAUUGGUGUAGCUUUAGUAAAGCAAAAAAAACAUUUAAUGCAUUUAUUUGAGUAUAUUUGAAUUAUGCAUGACUGAGAAAAUGGUCUGUACCGUAAUUGUGAUGCUCAUGUAGGCCUCAGUGCUUUGUAACCCUCAUCAGGGAAACACAUGCAUAUUGUUUGUUUACUGGAAAAUGUGAUCUGUGAAACUCAUUCUGUUACGUGGUUGUAGCUGAAAGCGCGCAUGUUUCACAACCUAUUAAAGGCUGCUUAAAUUGUCCAAACACUGGUGCGUUAAUCGCUGCCACAGGUCUAAUCAGGUUGUUUUUUUUAGGCGUACGCAACUAUUUCAGUGCCUCAAGGAUCAAAUAGUUUGUUAAACAGCUGCAGAGGGCCAGUACAGAUGUGUGCGCACAUGUGUGUUUGUGUGUGUUAGUAGAGGAUGGACUGUGGAGUCGUGCUUUCAACUAAAGGUUAAGUUUGAAGGUCUAGUUGCCGCCAGGGAAAUAUGUGCCGAAAAGGAAUCUGGACACUGAAGUAGCGUCAACAUUUUUUUAAACCGUCAGCAUGGGCGAGAUAAAUACACAAAAUGGAGGACUCUAACAGCAGUAAGCCGUUAAUGGUGACGUCCUCUCUGAAUUUCAAAGUCACCACACCGUCCUUCUACAACCAGCCAAAGAAGUUCGCCUCGGUGGCACCGCCACGGCCAAAAAGCCUGACGCCUCCCUCAGCUCCAUCACCAACACCGAUAGGCACAGGUCUGAUUGGUCGUGUGGGAGAUGUGCCUGUGCCCCCCCCUACGCUCUGUGAUGACUUCCCACCCCCUCCUCCUCCUCCUCCUCCGCUGGAUGACGACAUGCCAGCACCUCCCCCUGAAUGCCACACCUUACCCACAGCCUCUGACGCCCCCCCUCCCGCCUUCCCCGCUCCACCUCCUGUAGCAGAAGACCUGCCCCUCCCGGCUCCCCCCGAGGAGAGCACCUGUCCGCCCACCUUCCCCUCUCCCCUCCUCCCCACCCCUCCACCUCUCCCCGCAUCCGGCGCCAGUAUUCCCAGUGCUGCCUUGAGCCCACAGAGAGUGAUGGGGAAACAGAGUAGCUUCGAUCAACAGCUCGACACUCUGACUGACCUGCUGUCUGAGAUGGAGAACAGGGGACCUUUUAACCCCAAGUUACCGAGCCAGUAUCCUUCUGCACCAGCCCCCAAGCCUUCAGCUCCGCCCCCGACUGCUCCCAAACCAGCGCUCUCCUUCCUCCCACCUCCUGAGAUGGGAGACCGCCCACCUCCAGCACCUUGGGCCGAAGAACUCAAAGCCAGAACGAACCGUCAAGCCAAUCACAACUCGGCCCCAAACUCCGCUGCUCAGUCCUUUUCCAAGGCCCCGGCGGUGGCGCCCAAGUCCAGUUUUGGAGGGAGACCGACCAAUUCGUCUGUCUCUCUGGCGCAAAAACUGAACCAGAAUCUGAACCAGAACCCCCCCAUCGUCAGUGUAGCACCAAAACCAUCUCCUCCCUAUGCCACCAGCUCUUUCCCUCCACCACCCGCAGCUCCCCCCGCACCUUUUACUCCACCAAAAAGCAUGGUGGCUGCACCAACAUCUCAUCACAUAAAGAGUUCUCCCUUUGCCAGUCAAGUCAAUGCGAACCAAAACCCUCCUGCUGCUGUGCCUCCCCCUCCUCAACCCAAGAUGAUGACAUCUCCACCCUCUUCCUUUAACCAACCAAUGAAAUCUCCCCCUGCAUCAACGCCAUCACCCCCCGGCCAAGUUGCUAUCCCAGGUGGAGGUGUUCCUCUCAACAUGAGAGAAGUGGAGGAGUUGGAGAGAAUGACCCAGGACUUUAUUAGAAACAUGGACAAACACGCACCUGUCAUCACCUCCGCUCCUACAGAGGUUUGUGGGAAAUGUGGCGAGGCCCUGUCCCGUACUCAACCAGCAGUGAGAGCCAUGGAUAAACUCUUCCACUCAAACUGCUUCUGUUGCAUGAGUUGUCAUCGCCCCCUGCAGGGCAUGCAGUUCUAUGACAGGGAUGGUUGUCCUCAGUGUGAGGAUUGCUACAUGGGUUCCCUGGCAGUGUGUUCCCGAUGUGGCGAGAGGAUCACAGACCGUGUGCUGAAGGCAGUGGGCCAGUCUUUCCACUCCCACUGUUUCCGCUGCAGCACCUGCUCCUGCGUACUUGAGGGUGCGCCCUUCAUCACCGACGACAACAACAACCCCUACUGUGUCCAGGAUUACCACAGGCGUUUCUCUCCUCUGUGUGUGAGCUGUAAUGAGCCCAUUAUUCCUGCCCCAGGCAGCGAGGAGACGGUCAGAGUGGUGGCUCUCGACAAGAACUUCCACCUCAAGUGUUACCGUUGUGAGGACUGUAAUCGUCCCCUCUCCAUAGAAGCAGAUGAAAAUGGCUGCUACCCAUUGGAUGGUAAAAUCCUGUGUAUGAAGUGCCACACCCAGCGAGCCAAGCAAGCUGCCCAGUGAUCGUGUCAAACAAUGAACCAAAUCCAAAAGCACAGGAUUCACUCAGCUACCGAUUUGCCUUUGCAACAGGGCUCUGUUCAGUAUGUGUUUGCAGGUGUGAAUGUGAAUGUGCUGAGUGAAAGUGUUUGCAUGCCGAUACAGUGUAGUAUUCCCUAGUCGCUGUUCACUUCAGUGCAGAAGUAAUGUACUGCAUUGAGUCAUCGUUUAUUCCCCAUCUCUAACUCAUCUAUCUCUCAUUUAGCCUUUGUUGUGAGCAAGAGCAAAUUUUUUGUACCAAUCCCAAGUUUACUCUCAAAAUUUCCAGCAUAACUUGCACAAGAACAGUUUGGUCAAAAAGAGCAGUGCGAUGAAAAUAUAAAGUUGCCUUUCUUUGUUUUUCUGGCCUCAGCAUUGUUGGUAGCACCAUUAACUGAGAUAUUUCCAUCUUAAGACUUUCACUGGCUGGUCUGUUUCCCUGUGAACGUGGUAACUACACUGAUGUUACUAAAACAGAUUGUUACCAUAGGGUGAGGUGUAUUCAGAACCUCCAUUCAACCAUUCCACAGUUAUUACCACUCUGGCUCUGUUGAUAGAGCACAUCUUUAACACUUUAGCAGUGGCUGUGCCUGCAAGCAUGGUUAAUGAUGCUUCCCUAGAAACUGCUUUCUAUCUACUCCGAUAACUUUGUAAAGUUUUCUAGGGCUAAAUGUUGACUGCAAAAAACAGAUGAAAACAGUGAAUGUUGUUCUUUGUGAUAAGAAUCUGUUCUUCUACAGGCAUGCAUUCAAUUAUGUCUUGUUGCUUUCUUUACUUAAUCAUAUCAGGCCAAGGUUAGAACAAAAAAAAGAUCAAAAAAAUUGUUCAGCGCUGAUUCAACAGUGUUAAGUAUUUUAGAUGCAUGCUUUUUAGAUGCACAAAUGAACAAACAGACGAGCACAGAUUCGCCACGCACGGAUUCCAUUCCAGGGAUCUCCUAAUUUAAAAACAGUGUCGUUAAAACUAUCAGCUGCAUGGCUGAAAACAGGACCUAUUAUGUGAUUAUUGUUGCACAGUUUCAUAGCGAAAUAAAAGUGUUUUUUUAGUGUCAGUUUGACUCUGAAGCCCCUGCACAAGAUAGAAUUUAAGUAGACCCCAUUGAAAAACAUAAUAACAUAGUUUUUUGCAAAUAAUAUUAUUUAAGGACCUUUUUUCUAUUAUAUAUUAAGAUUACACGUGUGCCAGUGCAAAAAAGAACCUGUUGUAACAACAGGAAAUGGAUCAGUAGAGGUGGUAGCUUCGAGCUUCAGGUAACACUUGUUAAAACAUAGUGACCAAAUAUCUCGCAGCUGUUUGCAAGAUUGGGGUUUUCUAAAACAAUUCCAUUCAAUGUUUUUUGUAUUUGAGCCCAGUUUUAUUUUUGGUCUGGAUUUAUUCUGAUGAUUCAGUAAAUACCACUAUUCUUUCCACUAUUCCUACUUCAGUCUGCUCAUGACAGUUAUAUACUAUUUUAUUCUUAAUUCUUAUGUUACUGUACUGUAUUUCAUUGAUAAACGCCUACAAAUGAUAUGUUUUCUUUUUAAGCUGGCGAUGUUCCUCCACUCUCUCUCUCGUGUGUAUUCCGUCGUUCCUCUAGAAUUGAGCCGGAUUUGCCGCCACAGAAGUGAACUCCUGAAUCAGAAAACUGUUGUAACCCGUGCUUUGCAUUGAGCCUGGUGCAUUAUAACAGAACGACUAACAGAACACAGCAAUAGUGAUUCAGCAUUGCAUGCUAACUGUGUAGGUGGUGGGGGCAUUUCCUCUAGUAUUAUGUCUUUUGUUUGCACAAACUCCUCCACCUCUGUGGCCCAUGCCUUUGACAUCACCAUGUGAUUUUACACACAUGAUGAUGCCUUCACGGUUGCAUUUAUCUGCCGUUUUAUUGUGUUAUGUCCUAUUGUACUACAUUCGGAUGCCUUGUCUUUUCAUAUACCUUUUUUAUAAAUUCCUGUUUAAUAUGUGUGAAUGUGUAUAUGUUCAAAAAAAAAAACAUUUAGCCCCACCCCUCCCUCCUGUGGCUGUAUCAAAAGAUAAACAAAGUGAAUAAAAUGCUAAAUACCAA